AUGGAUGAAGAUCAGCCAAUUGAUGUCGUCUUCGGAGACAGAGUCAGAAGAUUCCAGGAAUUUUUGGACCGUCCUGAAUCACUUCAGCUCUCAAUUACUCCCAGACAAGAAAUUAGAGAAAUGCUCAUCAAGGGAAAAUGUAGAUUAUGUGUUAGUUUAGACGAUAUUCGAGAAUUUGACAGAGAGUUUUGGACCGGAUUGCUCAACCAACCAGCAGAAUUCUUGCCAGCUUGUGAAAGAGCUCUCAGAGAUACAGUAUUGACCAUAUAUGAUCCAAACGACGCCAGAUUUGAAUUGGUAGAUGAGACCCAGGCGUUCUAUUUAUCAUUCAAAGGUGCCUUCGGUGCCAAUUCUGUAUCUCCUAGAACCAUUACCAGUCUGCAUUUGAGUAAAUUGAUCUCCAUAGAAGGGAUUGUUACUAGGGCAUCGCUUGUUAGACCAAAGGUGAUCAGAUCUGUUCACUACGCUGAGAAAACGUCAAGGUUCUACGCUAGAGAAUAUAGAGAUCAAACUACCCUGUUUGACCCCAUCAGCACUGCCGCCAUUUACCCCACGGAAGAUCCAGAUGGGAAUAAGCUAACCACCGAAUACGGUUAUUCUACUUACAGAGACCAUCAGAAGAUAAGUGUCCAGGAAAUGCCUGAAUUGGCCCCUGCGGGACAAUUGCCCAGAUCCGUAGAUGUCAUAUUGGACGAUGACUUGGUUGAUUUAACCAAACCUGGUGACAGAAUUCAAAUUGUUGGUGUCUAUAGAGCUCUUGGAGGUGCCAAUAACAAUGGACUGCAGUUCAAAACUGUGGUGUUGGCCAAUUCAGUUUACCCACUUCAUGCAAGAUCCACUGGUGUUGCCUCACAAGAGAAGUUAACCGAUCAAGAUGUUAGAAAUAUCAACAAAUUGGCCAAAGAUAAGAAGAUUUUCGAAAUCUUAUCUUCUUCAUUAGCUCCUUCGAUUUAUGGAUUUGAGUACAUCAAAAAGGCAGUUUUAUUAAUGUUACUUGGUGGUAUUGAAAAGAACUUGGAUAAUGGGACCCAUUUAAGAGGUGACAUCAAUAUUUUAAUGGUUGGUGAUCCAUCGACUGCCAAAUCGCAGAUAUUGAGAUUUGUUUUAAACACUGCAAGUUUAGCAAUUGCUACUACUGGUAGGGGUUCUUCAGGAGUUGGUUUAACUGCAGCCGUCACUACUGAUAAAGAAACUGGAGAAAGAAGAUUGGAAGCCGGUGCUAUGGUGUUGGCUGAUAGAGGGAUUGUUUGUAUUGAUGAGUUUGAUAAGAUGUCUGACGUCGAUAGAGUUGCUAUCCACGAAGUUAUGGAACAACAAACUGUUACAAUCGCUAAGGCAGGUAUCCAUACAUCCUUAAAUGCUAGAUGUUCCGUCAUUGCUGCAGCAAAUCCAGUGUUUGGACAAUACGAUAUUCAUAAAGACCCCCAUAAGAAUAUUGCUCUCCCGGAUUCACUUUUAUCUCGUUUUGAUUUGUUAUUUGUCGUCACUGAUGAUGUAGAAAGUAAAAAGGACAGAAUCAUCAGUGAGCAUGUGUUGCGUAUGCAUAGAUUUGUACCACCUGGCUUAUUGGAAGGUGAACCAAUUAGGGAGAAGAGUGGACUCCUGUUGGCAAUCGGUGACAACGAAACCAAUGAACAAGAAGAGUUGGAACAACCAAUUUUCGAAAAAUUCAAUGCCUUAUUACAUGCUGGAGUAAAACAAUCAGCUGGUGGUAAUAAGACUCCAACUUUACUUUCAAUUCCAUUCCUUAAGAAGUACAUUCAAUAUUCCAAGCAAAGAGUUAAGCCAGUCUUAACUUCCAAGGCUUCUGAUUAUAUUGUUGGUACUUAUUCAUCGCUUAGAAAUGAUUUGAUUGACAACAAUCAAAGACACACAGCUCCAAUCACUGCCAGAACUUUGGAAACUUUGAUUAGAUUAGCCACGGCUCACGCCAAGGUGAGAUUGAGCAAGACCGUUGAAGUUAAAGAUGCUAAAAUAGCCGAAGAGAUGUUGAGAUAUGCAUUGUUUAAGGAAGUGAAUAGGAAGCUGAAUGCCAAGAAACAGAAAAUUCAAGAGGAUGAGAUUAGUGAUCCGGAAAGUGAAGAAUCUAGUGAAGAAGAAGAACCAGAAAUUCUUCCAAGAGGUACCAGAACGAGAGCUGCAAGAAGACACCAAGAAGGUGAAGAACUUCUCAGAGAAAUUGGAGAAGAAGGGCUUGGUAAUCUUCAUAUUUCUAACGCUACUGCUCCACUUAGUGAAGUGACUCACCGUAGUAAUCAAGACACAGAAGGUAUAUCUGCAGAGAGAUACCAAAGUCUUGUUAGCAGCAUGGCCAGAAUCAUGCAAUCACCCUUAUUUGACAACGAGGCCGCUUCAUGUUCAAUUGAAGAAGUUGUCUCUGCCUUAAAUGAAGGUUUGCAACAAGAAGAAAUAUUCCAAGACUAUGAAAUCGAUUCUGCUUUCCAAAGAAUGGAAUCUGAAAAUAAAAUUAUGGCUACCGAAGGAAAGAUAUGGAAAAUAUAG